AUGUAUCGCUACUACACUAGCUGCUGCUAUCGUUUAUUCUCCCUGUUGUUGCCAACAAUAACAAUCUUCCUCUUGAUUCAGUUGAUUGUGCCCUGUGAGUCGUCGUCUGGAUUUGAUAUCGUCGUCGAUACCUGCGACAGAUGCAGCAAGAGCGACCCAAAGGUGAACUACACCCUCUGCGUCUCAUCUCUCUCCAAGGCCGGCGGCCAGGCCGAGGCCGACCUCCACGGCCUCGCAAUGGUUUCAGCCAAGCUGGUGAGAUCAGGAGCCGUCACCAUGGAAGCCAAGAUGGCCGAGCUAAGCAGGAGGGAGAGGCCAUGGUCGCCCACAAGGUCCUUCCUCGAGGCAUGCGUGGGAGUGUACCACAACUCGCUCUACGACCUCGACGCUUGCAUCGCCGCCAUCGACGAUAGGAGGUACGGGGAUGCCAAGACAUCCAUGAGCGCCGCCAUCGACGCGCCGGUCACCUGUGAGGAUGAGUUCAAGGAGCAGGGCUUAGAGACACCCGUCCAGGCAGAGAGCAAACACCAGUUUCAACAGGCGGUCAUCUCCCUUGCCAUCAUCUCCCUGCUAUGAUGCUUGCAACAACGCCCGAAAUGGCUUCUUGUAUGCAUUAAGAACUACCCGCCUCCAUAG